CGCUCCUGUCGCUCGAGUUCACCAGCCUCACCGAGUACUUGGCGCUGCUGCGGGCUGCCGCCAGGGCCCUGGCGCCCUUCGGCUCCAGUGUGAUGUUCUACCUGGCAGCAGCCGUGUCAGAUUUCUACAUCCCAGCAUCAGAGAUGCCUGAGCACAAGAUCCAGUCCUCUGAGGGUCCCCUACAGAUCACGAUGAAGAUGGUGCCAAAAAUGCUGUCUCCUCUAGUCAAAGAAUGGGCUCCUGAAGCAUUUGUUAUUUCCUUUAAGUUGGAAACUGAUCCCUCCAUCUUAAUUGAUAAAUCACGGAAGGCUCUGGAGACAUAUCGUCAUCAGGUGGUGAUAGCAAAUGUCCUUGAUUCACGGAGAACGUCUGUUCUUCUUGUAACCAAAGACUCGGAAACUAAAUUAUCACUUUCUAAUGAAGAAAUAGCACAAGGCAUGGAAAUAGAGGAGAAGAUAGUGAGCCAUCUUCAGUCUCAACACACUGCAUUUAUAGAUAAACAACACUCUGAAAGGAAAGGACCAGCUUGUUCUAGCUCUGAAUGAUCAGAAACAAAUUGAACUUUGUGAGGGUGUGAGUGGAACUGGAGGAAAUCUCAUUGCAGUAAAUGGAGGAAAACACUAUCUGAGGCAUUGUGUAUGAGGUAAAAAGUGUGAACAUCCAACAUAGACUUCAUAAGUUAUUUGCUGCUUAUGUAAAAAAAAACCAAAAACACUGAAAUGAAAACAUUCCCCUAAGGAUGGUGUUGUGCG